AUGCAAUUCUCUUCUCCAAACACCACAUCUCUCAAACUCAAACAACCCUCUCCAAUAUUCCAUGACAAGCCUGUUACUGGAUAUGCUGGUGCAAUUAUAGAUGUAGCUCAAAUCACCAAUACACUUCACUCAGUUCAAAGGGAUGUUCAACGACUAUUGAAACUUGAAUCAGAUGAUGGUAUUAUCGAUGGUUCAACAGUGAGAAAGGUAGUGGAGCAGGGGAAUUUUGAGCGGCAUGUGGUUGGGUUGGUGAAGAUGUUGACGAAGAAGAAGAAGAUGGGAAUAAUUGGGGAAGUGUUGGAAGAGUUCGAGAGGAUAUAUGAUGAAUUGUGCGGAACUCAAGUUGUGUUGGUUUCAUCAGAGAGAGAGAGAUUAGGAAAGAAGAAAUGUUUGGGAUUGCGGAAACUGUGCACAAACUAA